GCUGAGAGUGAAAUCAGGUUCGGUAGCCAAUUGGAAACAAUGCAGAGUGAAAAAUAAUAUUUGUGUUAAACACUUAAUCAAAAACCACUCGAGAGACACUUUUAUUGAAUGCUCGAUACAUAGAAACACUAGCCAAUCCCACCAUGGACAUGGCUAGGAGCAUCUUUGGCCGGGACCACGAGGGUUACGUGGGCCGCGAAGAGCAUACGCGCAAACUGCAGAACCUGGGAUCGGAAGACGAUUUGGGCGAGCUGCCACCAAUUAUGGAGGAGCUGAGUGUAGCGGAUGGUCUACGACCGAAUCCCGGGGGACCAUUCUCUGCACUUACAGCCUCAAUGUGGCCCCAAGAAAUCCUCGCCAAGCUGGGUGGUGGCGCCGAGCUGGCCUCUGGCCCAAACGACCAGCCAGAGUACCGAUUUGACGAGUUCGGCUUCCGGGUGGAAGAGGAGGACGGACCGGAGCAAAGCUCCAAUAAACUGCUCAGCAUUCCAUUUGUAGAGGAUCCCCAACAGCGCCUGCAGUGGAUCGCGCACUUGGAAUUCUCCCACAACAAGGAGGCCACCGAGCUGAGCUGGGAGCAUGUGGAUGUGAUGCUUCCACGCACCGAAAAGCUGCGAAAUAUGGUUCGCCAGGGUAUCCCUCACACCCUGCGCGCCCAGAUGUGGAUGCGAUUGUCUGGAGCACUGGCCAAGAAACAGAAGAGCGAGACUAGUUACCACGAUAUUGUCAAAGCUUCCAGCAAUGAUCAGUUGAUGACUUCAAAGCAGAUUGAGAAGGACUUACUACGCAUCCUGCCCACGAAUGCCUGCUUCAGUAACCCCAACGGAACGGGCAUUCCUCGUCUGCGCCGCAUCUUGAGAGGCAUCGCGUGGCUUUUUCCGGACAUUGGCUACUGCCAAGGCACUGGAGUAAUCGUGGCUUGUCUGCUGCUCUUCAUGGAGGAGGAGAACGCCUUCUGGAUGAUGGCCACCAUAGUGGAGGACCUGCUGCCGGCUUCCUACUACAGUUCAACGCUACUGGGAAUUCAAGCAGACCAGCGUGUGAUGCAGACGCUCAUAGCCAAUUACCUGAGCAGUGUGGACGAAUCGUUGCGGAAGCACGACAUUGAGCUAUCGUUAAUAACGCUGCAUUGGUUUCUCACCCUUUUCGCCAACGUGGUUCAUAUGAAAAUCCUUGUGCGUAUCUGGGACUGGUUCUUCUACGAGGGCUCCAUCGUGCUGUUUCAGUUGACGCUCGGGAUGCUUAAGGUGAAGGAGCAGGAUUUAAAACACUUGGAAAACUCCGCACAGAUUUUUAAUUCCCUUUCGGAUAUUCCCGGCGAGGUGACCGACGUCGAAGUGCUCUUCCGCCAGGCCCUGGAGGUGGGCGGCUCACUUAGCCAGACGGUAAUCGACACACAUCGUCGUCGCCACUUGGCAUAUCUCAUGGCGGAUCAAGGCCACCAGAUCGGUAACCCUGAGGCAGCACCUAAUCUGCCCAAGCAACAGCUUGCCCGGCGACAGGUGCGCAAGAGCAAGUCAAUCCUGGAGGCCUUUCUCUUUCGCGGUGACGCCAGCGAAGGGGAUCAGCUAAAGAACAAGAACAUACGGCAAACGGAGAUUCUGGUUGACCUAAGGGAGGCUAUUCUUAAAGUGGGUCGCCAUUUCAUCACCAUCGAACCCAAGCUGGCCGGACACAUUCAGUUGACUGCCAACUACAGCACCGAAUCGCAUGCCAAGGAUCAUGAGAACUUCAUCAACGUCGCCAGAACGCGGAAGCGACGGGCCAAAGCUCUGCACGACUUUGAGCGGCAUGAUGAUGAUGAAUUGGGCUUUCGGCGGAACGACAUAAUUACGAUCAUCAGCCAGAAAGACGAACACUGCUGGGUGGGUGAACUUAACGGCCUGCGUGGCUGGUUUCCGGCCAAGUUCGUAGAACUGCUGGACGAGCGGAGCAAGCUGUACACUUCGGCGGGAGACGAUGCCAUCUCAGAAACCGUGACGGAUCUAGUACGGGGCACAUUAGCGCCAGCCAUUAAGGCCUUUUUGGAGCACGGAAUGAAGAGGCCCACAUUCCUGGGUGGUCCCAUCCAUCCCUGGUUGUACAUUGAGGAAGCUGCCACCCGGGAGGUGGAGAAGGACUUUGAAUCGGUGUACAGCCGCCUGGUGCUGUGCAAAACCUACCGUUUGGAUGAGGAUGGCAAGGUGCUGACGCCCGAGGAGCUUCUGUACCGCUGUGUCCAGGCCAUCAAUCAGACGCACGACGAUGCUCAUGCCCAGAUGGACGUUAAGCUGCGCUCUCUCAUCUGUCUGGGACUCAACGAACAAGUGCUACAUCUCUGGCUGGAGGUGCUGUGCGCCUGCCAAGAGGUCGUACAAAAAUGGUACCAUUCGUGGAGCUUCAUCGAUUCACCCGGCUGGGUGCAGAUUAAAUGCGAGUUGCGCAUUCUCUCUCAGUUCGCCUUCAAUUUAAAUCCCGACUGGGAGCUGCCUCCAAAGCGUGGAAAGGAGUCGCAACCGCUCAAGGAUGGAGUUCGAGACAUGCUGGUGAAGCACCAUCUUUUCUCGUGGGAUCUGUGAGGUUCCUCUCGCUUUGUAUAGAGUUCCCAAAUCAUUGGCAAUCAACCGCUUACCCAAUAUCUCAAACAAAAAAUUGCGAAUGCACAUGGAAACGAUUAAAGCCAGAAAAAAUGCCCCGUCUUGCUUAAAUGGUUUCUAUCUGCAAUCGCAACAUUUCGUAUCGUAGCAGAUAGCACCCGCUUUUUAAGUACUUCUUUUUGUCGUACGCCUAACUUAAGUGCUUUAUCAUAACGAUCUUUAGCUGUAAUUAUGACUUUAAAUUUGCCCUAUGUAUAAAUCGAGCCGAUUGUUUACCUAAUAUCCAUCCAUUACUCUAAAUCCUAGACCACACACCACCACUCUACUAAAUUACAAAUGUAACGUACCUUUAAUUGAAAUCAAAUCUUAUAAAGUACAUACAUGUUUAUUACUAUAUACACAUAGAUGUUUAACUGUCUAAAUGCAUUUCAUUAAAGUUUAAUAUAUAUAUUUAAAUUGUA